UUUGUUUUAGAGAGAAAGAGAUGGGAGGGAAAGGGAAGAAGAGGAGAGAGAAAAACUACUUAGCUGCACACGGCGGGCCGGCGAGACUCCCGCCGCCGCCUGAUCGUUCGAAGCAAGAUGCUCUUCCUUCUAAGCUCCGUAUUCUCAUGAACUACACCUCACCUUCUCCCCACGAUUCGACUAAACAAUUUGUUGUAGAGAAGAAAUUGAAGAAUACCAAAGCCGAAGUCGAUGCUACUGUUACUGCUACUGCUACUGCAACGGAGAGUGAUGAAGAUGAUACAAUGGUGACGAAGGGAGAUGAGAAGAUGAAGAAGAAGAAGAAGAGGAAGAGAAACCAAAUGAGUGACCGUCGUUUCGAAAAGGAGCUUGCUGAGUUGGAUGGUCAGUCUAAAAGGAAAGAACGCAAGAAGAAGUAUUGGGAGGCUAAGAAGCAAAAGAAGAAUCAAGUCAAGACUGAAGAUACCCUCCGAGAAAACUUCCCGAAGCAUGAACAGAUCAGAUUUGGCGAUGUGGUGCAAGCUCCACCAAAGUUGGCUGUUGUUCCAAAGCAGGCAAGAAAGUCUACUCUAAGUGCGUCGCAGGAGAGACAGCGAUUAGAGGCCAUUGAUGCUUACAGAUCUCGCAAGGGAUGGACUGAAAGACCAGGUACUCAGAUUCCUGCCGUGGUCAUGCAAUAAGAUGGCCUAUGAACUCAAUUUUGUAAUGCAACUUAUCUACUUUUUUUUUUGUACUAGCUGGCUGUAAAAUUAUACGAUAUUGUGUCCUUUUCUACGGAUUCUAAUAUGAUAGUUGAGUCAUUCAAAUAUCUUUAAAAGAGGCUUAUAUAGCACAAGGAAAAUUUUGGAUGUCUGA